AUGACCGCUCUGACCAGCAACGAUACAGCGCACAAAAUCCAGCAGGGUAUUUCAUACAAGCAGGAAGGAAAUGCUGCUUUUUUACAGCGCGACUAUGUGGGAGCACUUCGAUCCUAUCACUAUGCCACACUCUAUUUAGCAGGACUUGAUGAGCAAGUGCUUCAACAAUUCGGUGGCUCAUCUCGCGGUUACGACGUGCGCGAGGAUCAAAAGCAACUCAGCCAAGUCCGUUCCAACAUGGCAGCCUGUUACCUUGCGCAAGAGCGAUUCGCUCGUGCUGUCCAUGCGUGCGAUCAAGCAUUGGUAUCUGAUCCGUCCAAUGCAAAAGCCAUUUUCCGAAAAGCACAAGCUUUACGCAGGCAAGGUGCCAUAUAUCAGGCAAAAGACUGGCUUGAAUCAGAUGCAGUGUGCGAGUAUGUCAAAGGACCAGACUUUGAUGCUGAAAAGUCGCGCAUUGCUGUGAGUAUUUCAGAGCGCGAACGCAAAAGUCAUGCCAAAUGGCGAGGAUUCCUUUCCUAG